UCUUUGGAAUUUCGUUGGACGUCGGCAAGGUGCAAUUUCUAUAUCUAUUCAUCUUUUCCGAGGGCGCUGUUUUCUCGAACUCGGUCCCGACGGAUCUCCGCUUGCUGUGGUACUGUUGGUGAGAGAGAGGGAGAAGAGGGAGAUGCAGACCCCUUUGAUCGCGGGAGAGGGCAGCAGCAGCAGCGGCGCCGGCGGAUGGCGAGGUGCCGCCUACCAAAGGCGGAAGUCCGUUCCGCGGAGGUCCGACGCCAUAACUUACGGAAACAACUACCAGAAGGCCGCAGCUCUCGUUGAUCUGGCAGAAGAUGGUAUUGGUCUUCCCGAGGAGAUUCUAAAUGAUACAAGAUUCGAAAAGGCUGCAAAGUUCUAUUUUGUCUACAUUCGCUUGGAUUUUCUAUGGUCACUUAAUCUUCUUGCCUUAAUUAUACUCAACUUUCUCGAGAAACCUCUAUGGUGUGCAAAGUAUGGCCACUAUUCUUGCGAGGACAGAGAGAACUUUUUCCUUGGACAGCUGCCUUACUUAACCAGUGGCCAAUCACUCACUUAUGAGGGAAUAACACUAUGCAUUCUUGCAUUACAUACUUUGCUUCCACUUGCAUAUGAGGGUUUCCAUCUUUACUGGAAGAAUCAUUUGAACAAGUUAAAGGUCACGCUUCUCUUGGUUUUAGUUUGUGAUAUGUUCAUAUAUGCUCUCUCUGUGUCACACAUGUUUGUUCCUUUACUACCUUUAAGAGUCGCACCAUAUAUCCGUGUUGUCUUUGUUAUUUUGACAAUCAGGGAUUUGUGUGGAUGUAUGCUCACACUGGCUGGAAUGGCUGGCACAUACCUUAAUAUCUUGGCUCUUUCGGCUUUUUUCCUCUUAUUUGCCAGCUGGUUAGCUUAUGUCACAUUUGAGGACACUGAACAGGGAAGGACCAUGUUUAGUUCUUAUGGAACCACAUUAUAUCAGAUGUUUGUACUUUUCACCACAUCUAACAAUCCAGAUGUGUGGGUUCCUGCCUACAAGAAUUCGCGAUGGUCAUGCCUUUUUUUCGUCCUCUAUGUGCUGUUGGGUGUUUAUUUCCUUACAAAUCUUAUUCUUGCUGUUGUUUAUGAUAGCUUCAAAAAACAGCUUGCAAAGCAAGUUCUUCAGAUGGAUACAAUGAGAAAAUCCAUUUUGGAAAAAGCAUUCAGUCUUAUAAAUGUUAAUGGUUUUGUGAACAAGCCACAGUGCAGUCGUCUGUUUGAAGAAUUAAACAAAUAUCGGUCUUUGCCAAAAAUUUCAGAAGAAGAUUUUGAACUGAUAUUCAGUGAGCUUGAUGAUAGUGGUGACUUCAAGAUUAAUUUGGAAGAAUUCACUGAUCUUUGCAAUGCCAUCGCAUUGAGGUUUCAAAAAGAAGCAUCACCAUCAUGGUUUGAAAAUUACCCAACAUUUUACCGGUCACCUCCUUGUGAAAAGUUCAAGGCUUUUGUUCAGAGCCCAAUGUUUGGAUACAUUGUGGCCUUUGUGCUUGUAGUCAAUCUAGUUGCUGUUAUAAUUGAAACAACGCUUGACAUACAGAACAGCUCUGCCCAGAUAUUUUGGCAAGGAAUUGAGUUUGUUUUUGGGUGGAUUUAUGUGUUGGAGAUGGCUUUGAAAAUUUUUUCAUUUGGAUUUGAUGCUUAUUGGAUGGAUGGACAAAAUCGAUUUGAUUUUGUGAUUACAUGGAUAAUUGUUGUUGGAGAGACUAUGACAUUUGCCUUCCCAUCCGUGCUUCCUUUUCUUUCAAAUGGCGAAUGGAUUCGCUACCUUCUGAUUGCAAGGAUGUUGCGCUUAAUAAGGCUUCUACUACAUGUCCAGCGCUAUAAAGCAUUUGUUGCAACAUUCCUAACUCUUAUUCCUAGUCUGAUGCCAUACCUAGGGACUAUAUUUUGUGUACAAUGCCUUUAUUGCUCACUUGGAGUACAGCUGUUUGGUGGAAUCGUAAAUGCUGGAAACCCUAAACUGGAGAUGACUGAUCUUUCUGAUAACGACUAUUUGCUUUUCAAUUUUAAUGACUACCCAAAUGGAAUGGUGACAUUAUUCAAUUUGCUAGUGAUGGGAAAUUGGCAAGUAUGGAUGCAGAGCUACAAGGAUUUAACAGGAACUUCUUGGAGUCUUGUAUACUUCGUCAGCUUUUACCUUAUAACAGUCUUGCUGCUUCUUAAUUUGGUUGUUGCUUUUGUAUUGGAGGCGUUCUUUGCUGAAAUGGAACUUGAAUCAGCCUCUGAACCACAAGAGGAAAAGGAGGAUCCUGCAAAGAAGGAGCGACGUCGACGAGUUGGUGUGAAGACAAGGAGUCGCACAGUUGACAUUCUUCUUCAUCAUAUGCUAAGUGCUGAACUAGACUCCCAGAGUUGCGAAGCAUAGUUUCACUAUUCCCUGGUACCGUCGGUGUCAAUUUACGAGUGGAGUGAAAACUAGUCGGUUCACCUCGGCCGGAGCCAGCGAAGGAGCUUCAUAUGCGUAUUCUUUAAUGGUGCAGUGUAUGUUUGAAUAUUGUUCCAGAUUGGUGUUUUAUUAAUUAUUUUUAUUUGACAGUGUGGUGAGUAAUUUUCUCUGAUUCUAGAGUAUUUGCAUUAUGCAUCAGUGGUCGUAUUUUGAGGUGGAAAUAAAUAAUAAUAAUAAUAAGUUUCUUUGUCUUGAA